AUGCCUACUACUCGACGAUCAACCCGCGGCCGCACUGGGCCUGCAAAAGGUCAAUCAACGAUCAGCUUCGCCAAUAAGGUCACAAAGAGCGUACCAAAAGAUAUCAAGAACAAGUUGGUAACACCGACAACUACCAAGAUUGAAGUCCCGGAGAGAAGAAAGCCAGUACAGGAACAUGUCGAGGAAGUAGUAGACGAUAAAGUGGAAGAUCAGGAAGAGGAUGAUCAAGAGGAGGCAGAGCUCAAGGAGGAAGUUCUGGUGAAGACAGAGGCUGAGUUGAAGGCUGAGAAGCUCACCGACUCGCAGAUCGAUAAAUACUGGAAAGGCAUUGAGAAGGAACGCAAGGCACCGAGAGUGCAUCAAGAAGGAUUGUCUGUGAAUGACAAGGUUUUGCGAUACUUUGAUGUCUGCUCUCAAUAUGGGCCUUGCAUCGGAAUCGAUCGCAUGAAGCGGUGGCAAAGAGCCGAGGGGCUUGGCCUGCGGCCUCCCAUCGAGGUUCUCUCCGUGUUACUGAAAGAGGAGAAGAAAUCUAACAAAGAGGCGGAAACGGCACAGAUGGAUCAUAUUCUUAACUCGAUUGCUGUUGGAUCAUAG